AGUUCUGACAACCGGAAGUCACGUUGGAAACCCGGAAGUCAUGGGAGCACGUGAUUAUAGCCUCUUCCGGCAACCAUUAAAGGGCACGGUUGCUAGGGAGACGCAACGAGACAGGGUAUCACUGUGUUGCCAAGGCUGGUCUUGAACUCCUGGGCUCAAGCAAUCUGCCCACCUAGGCCUCCCAAAGUACUGGGAUUACAGGAGUGAGCCACUGCGCCCCGCCUGGACAUCUUCACUGCUUCCAUCCACGAAAACUUCAGAAUCCAAUGAUCCAGGCCAGCCCAGUGCAAUCAACAGUGAGCCAAAUCAAAGAGCAGCCCACCUUCUACCUGAUAAUCCACACACAGGCUGGGAUCUGCUGGGUUCUACUAGAAUUUAUGAUUUGUGAAUAUGCCUGUUAACAAAUCACCUAUGAUUAAUACAUGUGGAGGCGUAUCUUCCCCUUAUCAUGAAGAGCUCUGGAAAUUAAAUUUUCAACAUUUAAGUGGAGAAAGGGGUCAUAAAUCAAGGCCAACAUUUUCAAUCACAAAAGAAUUCAUCUUGAGAUUCAAUCAAACACAAAAUUCCAAAGAGAAGGAAGAAUUGUUGGAACUAGCUAGAAAAAUCAUUCUCAGAUGUAAGAGAAAAUUGGGUCUCAAAACCCUGGGCUCUGGAAAGCAUGUGCAUCUUCCUGCUGCAUGGACCGAAGUAAUAUAUCUGGCUCAAUGCAAAGGGGAAAUCCAAGAUGAAGCUUUAAAUAUGCUUUAUGCAUCUCUGGACCAUGCUUACUUUGAUUAUGAUCAUCUGCCUGCCUUAUUUUUUGUUGCGGAAUCGGUUUUAUACAGACUCUGUUGUGAUGCAUCCCUCAAAACAUAUUUAUAUUCAGUUGAAAUAAAGCUAGCAAAGAUUGGCUAUUUGGUCUUCUUACGACUUUUUAUAUUUUUCCUGCAUGGUCAUCUAGAAAGUUUUAAACAACAUUUACUUAGGCUUCAACCAUAUUUAUACGCACUUUCUUUCUCUGGAGCAUCAUAUCACAAGUAUCCAAACAUCUUUUCAAAUAUGCAAUUCAUCCUGAAAGCCUCGGAAAUUAUAGGUAAAAGAGAACUCCGUUCCGAAUCCAUUUUUAGCCCUGUGGAAAAUAAGAAAAGAUAUGAGAACACAGAUUCUGAUAUAGGAGGAUAUGAAAUUAACCAACUGCUCUGGCACUGUGUUGCUGCUUGGUCUUGUGUUCAGAAUAACAGUCCUCAGUUGAAUAACGUGCUUGAACAUCUCGUCUUCCAUAAGACACAACUUCAAAAGAAAUGCUGGUUGGAUUCAGUACUGGCUUUAAUGGUCCUUGGGGAGGCCGCCAAAUUAAACAUGGCCUGCUUGAAAGCUUUAAUGGACGUAGUGAGAGAUUUUGUUUCAAGCAUUAUGUCUGUUCAAAAUCAGGAAGAAAGUUGCAAGGUAGAUGAUUUUUCCUGGGCCUGGAAUGUAGUCUACAUAUAUACAGUAAUUCUUGCAGAAAUCUGCUUGUAUGCAGCCACUUCUGAUUUGCGAAAAACUGCUUUAAUUGGUUUCUGUCACUGUAAAAGUUCACAAAAAAAUAUUUUACACUUGGACAAAUCAGUACCUCCAGAAUUAAAGGAAACAAGUAUUUUAAGUCUUUUGGAAUAUUUCUCUUCAAAAAUGUCAGAGAAUUGUGAUCAAGUAGUCUGGACUGGUUACUAUGGCUUAGUGUAUAACCUGGUGAAAAUUUCAUGGGAACUUCAAGGAGAUGAAGAACAGGAUGGACUGAGAAACAUGAUAUGGCAAACACUGCAGAAGACAAAGGAUUACGAGGAAGAUGUACGAAUCCAAAAUGCAAUCAAUAUAGCUCAGGCUGAGUUAAAUGACCCAACGGAUCCUUUCACUAGGUAUAGUACAAAUAUUUCAUCCAAUGUAGGAGAAGAAGUUUUCUCCAAAUAUAUUGGCUGGAGAAUUGCCAACACUCUUUCCAAACUAUUCUUCCCCCCAAUUGAGGCCCGUGUUCUUCCUUUGAAGAAACCAUCAAUAAAACAGGAUCAAACAAAAUACCCAAAUAAAAAGCUGGAGGCUGUGAAAAAGCAAGUUCUACAUUUCACUGUAAGGGAACAUCCUUCUGUAUCAGAAAUUCCCAUGUUUCCAUAUCCAGAUUUCUUCACCAAGGCAGAUAAAGAGUUGGCAAAAAUCAUUGACCAUCACUGGCAGGAAGAGCUAAAGAUCCGAGAAAAAGAAGAUGCAAUAUGCAAGGCCCAAGAACUUAAAGAUAAAAAGUUAGCAGAGAAAAAUCACUUUCAAGAAGUUAUGAAGAAAAGAGAAGAGAAACUACAUAAGCAAACCAAGCCCUAUGAGCUUCCUUAUAGGAAGGAAGUAAUUUAAUUAGAAAAGAAAAUGCCACCUCCCAAAAUUGAGGUCUACAUGGCAGAAAUACAUAGGAUGAAAAAUACCAAGAUAGCUAUAUAGUAAGAGAACUUUCUUGUCAUUAAAUUGAGGUAUUGUUUAGAAAGAAUUUGUUAUCCUGAUACAAGCUGUUUAAUAGUUAGUUCUAAAUUAAUGACCAACUUUUAAUCACACUUGAAUGAAGUGAUUUCACUAGUCAAAAAUUUCCAAGACUACAUCUAGUAUUUUUCUCAAUUGACAUUUAUCUCAUGAUUGUACAGCAUACUUGAUAACUGAUUCUCAGAACAUUGAUAUUCAUCAAACAUUCUGAUGGAAAUUCAUUACAAAUUAAUUAAUGAGUCACCAUAUAAGAAUUAUUUCUUGAAAACAGAAUGAACAUAAGCUAACAAUCCUGUAAUUACUAUUAUUCAAAUAAAAACAGUAUGGCAUCUUAUUUGAUUGGCAUUUUAUAGUCAAUUUAUACCAAACCAAACAAACCCUAUUUCAGAGAUUUGAAGCUGGAAGGGCUGGUCAUCUUAGAUUGACUGGCUUGAUCUUUAAAAGAUGCCAGAGGGGACUCCUGAGAGAUGGUGGUUUUACUCUGUUCUGCGAGUUUAUGAGAAUGAAUUCGUAUGAUCAUGGAAGGUCCAGGAGCAACUACUGAAGACAUUCACACAAAUAGGAGUUAUUUUAGAAGUGGAACUUCACUUCAUCUGAAGUUCUGAACCUAUGAGUAAGAGUAAUAAGUUGGAGUUUUUGUGAUGUCUUAUAUUCCUUUCCUGAAAACUGAAAAAUAUAGAUGAUACUCAUACCUCAAUUUCACACAGGUGACUUGGUGCUACUCAAGAGACAGAGACUUUUAUCAGGGGUGUCAAACUCAAAUGACUACCAGGUCAGAAACGUAACAUGAAUUAGUGAAGCUGGCUAAGGAAUACCUAUCCCAUCUAGAGAAAUUUCCCAGCACUCAGUUACAUUCCAAAAUGUAUGUCAGUAUUGUAAAAUCAUCCAGCCUUUCAAGAAGCUUUUAAAUGAGAUUGUUUUUCAAAAUAAAAGUAGCUAAGUAAUCAAA